UUGCGCACGCUCAGAUGGUCUUUUUAGGCUAGCGACUGAAAUCUGUCAGAUCAGCGGAGUGUGCAGAGCCGUAAUACCUUCGAAUAUUUCACAGUACUUUCUUCCCGUAGCCAUUGCUAUAAGUUUGAAUCCAGCUUCAGCUGUCGUCAGAUUUAGAUUCUAACUUUUCGACGCGUGUAGGCGAAGAAAACCGCAGAGAAUGACGAGCAAUACAAAGCGGAAAGAAGAAAGUCAUCUGCUGAAUGGGGGUGUAAAACAGUCCACAUGGAGCAAAGCCUUCAACAGUAAUGCUGUUUGGGAAGAGAAGGACGAGUUUUUAGAUGUGAUUUAUUGGCUUCGGCAAAUUAUUGCAGUAAUCCUUGGUGUGAUAUGGGGUGUUGCACCGUUGAAAGGAUUUCUGGGCAUAGCCAUAUUCUGCAUCAUCAAUGCAGGCGUCCUGUACGUAUACUUUAGCAGCUUUCAGCAGAUUGAUGAGGAAGAGUAUGGUGGCACGUGGGAACUCACCAAAGAAGGCUUCAUGACAUCUUUUGCUCUGUUUCUGGUGGUGUGGAUAAUCUUUUACACAGCUCUACAUUUUGACUGAGAAGAAUCCAUUGGACCCUAAACGCAAAAUAUUUCAGUUGAAGUAAAUUGUAAAGACAGAGGAACUCUAUGGCUUGAGGGGUGUCAACACUCCUGCAUACAGUAUGACUUUUCAAUGUGCAGUGCAUCAUGGGAAUCCAAGUCCGAUUGCUGAGAUCUUGCAAGACCGCCGUGAUGAACAUUUUUACAUACUGUACAUCUCUCUACUUUGGGGUUCCCGUUAAGGCACCCGCCAUUAACGUUCCCACAUUUCCUUCCUCAUUUCAUUGUCAUCAUCUCUGACAAAACACCAACGAGUACAGAGAGCAAAUAGUUCAGUUGAGAUUGGUUGCAGUUUUGCUUAUGAUGGAGCGCUACCUUGAUGGAAAUCAGAAUAAGGAUUCUUUCAUCUUUGUUGCUUUAUUGUAGGCCUUUCUUUUGUUUUGGAGAAGUAACAUGAAGGCAGCUUGUAGACUGUAAAGAAAACAAACAGUAUGUGUAUCCAUACUCAUUGCUCAUGGGCUUAAGUCACACUAACUGGGCAAUAAAAAUUAAGUCACACCAUAAAGUCAUUAAGGUUCAAUCUGUCUAUGAGUGUGAAGUGUUAGCUUUAAUUUAUUGACAAAAUGCACCAUACUGGGUGGAUAAGAUGUGGAAAUUGUUAAUUCUUUGUCUUCACCGUUAAAUCACCCAUCUGAAACUUCAAUUCAAAAUGAUAUGUUUGCCUUUGUAAGAAAGCAGUCUUGGCCUGGCAGAAUAAUUAGUUAAAGUGUCCUGGCAGUAAAGCACAUUAUCCGUUACCAGCUACAGUGUGUGUCUGUUGUUUUAAUGGUGGAGUCAUCUGUUUGUGUGAAUUAUUGAUAGACCCAAAAGUUUUUUUUCUUUUCCCCUCACUGGAUAUAAACAUAGCAGUUUGAAUCAAACCUGCCCAUUGUUAUUUCUUCUGAAGGGUCUGCUGUGCAACAAAUGUGAAAAAUCAUAGCUAACCACAGCUGAAGUCUCACUCGUACAUCAGAGCAAAUGCUGGUCUUUAAGAUGCUCAUAUGAUUUCCAGUCCUGGUGUCAGUGUCUGCCAGUCGUAUCAACACACUCUUACUUCAGCCAGGAACUAAUGGCAGUCUAUGUUAUCUGUCCAAAUUAUUUCCUCAAAGCAAAGAGGGAGGAAACAUGCAUGCCGUUUUCAGAUGCAAUUGUCCACAGAUUUAAGCUACAAACUGGUCUGUGCACUGACCUGACUUGCUGUUUGUGUAUCUGGAUGUCAUUUAUUAAUGGCAUUAGUUAGGGUGGUAGAAAUAAUUAAUUAAUUUUUUUUAUUCAUCACACGUAGCUUCCAGAUCAAAGUCUUACCUGUUGUUUUUGAAAUUAAUUUGAACUUUUCUGUAAAUUCUGUACAAUGUCCCAUUUGUCAAAUCCUCCUUGUAUUACACAGAUUUGUUUGUAAUUAUGUUAUAUCUUGUUUGAUGUAACAUAUUUCUCAGUAUUUUAUAGUGAAGAACUUUUAAAAACAGUUCUUGCAAAGUUCUUGUAAUGAUACUGUUAUAUUAGAUACACAGGUGGUGUUUGAAAGGAUUGUAUUUUCUGAUUAAAUCUUUUGGGAAUCAUUAAACAUGGGCUUUAUUUGGCCUCCAUUUUCAAA